UCACAGUCAAAAUUCAGACACAAUUGGAGAACGUGGUGCACUGCAUAGAUCCAUUUUUUCCUACUUUUUUGUUCCCUUUUGAUAUAAAUAAGAUGGAUUUUUAUUAUUUUAAUUUUGCAGACAACUUUACUGCUUUAAAGAACAAGAGAAGAGAGUCUUUAUUUAAUUAGGAAUGUUACAUGUUUUGUAGUGGAAGAAAAAAAAAAGACAAGUGUGCAUGUGUAGUUGUCAAAAGACAAAGAAAGUCGCUAAGUGUGUGUGAUAAUGAGGUGGAACUAAUUUGAAUUUCAUCACAACAGUUUUUGGAGUGUUGUGUUGUGGGGUAGCAUAGCACUACACUUUCAGAGGUAACAAUAAGGUUACUGAGUGAGUGGUGAAAGGUAAAGUUUGAUUUGAAGAAGCAAAGAGGAAGAAGAUGGAAAUAGAGGAUUUGGAUUAUGUUUUGGUUCCUGUUGGUAUAUUGGUGUUGUUAAUUUAUCAUGUUUGGCUUCUCUACACUAUAAUCCGACACCCUUCUAGCACUGUUAUUGGCUUGAAUGCUCAGUCUCGUUACCAGUGGACUCUUUUCAUGAUGUCUGAUCCAAUGAAAAAUGGGGUAUUGGCUGUUCAAACAAUCCGCAACAAUAUAAUGGCAUCUACUCUACUAGCUACAACAGCAAUCACACUAAGUUCACUAAUUGGAGUUUUUGCAAGCAAUGAGACAGAGACCAAAUUAGUUUUUGGCAACAAAACUUCCCUUAAUUCUUCAAUAAAACGCCUUUUUAUCUCAUUAUGCUUCCUUGUUGCAUUUCUAUGUAAUAUGCAAUCUAUAAGAUACUAUGCACAUGUGAGUUUCUUAAUCAAUACACCUGCACUCAAUGGCAAAAAGGAUUUUAUCGAAUAUGUUGCAAAAACAUUGAACCGUGGAAGUUAUUCUUGGUCUCUUGGUUUGAGGGCUUUCUACACGUCAAUUCCACUUGUCCUAUGGAUUUAUGGGCCCAUACCCAUGUUUAUUUGUUCUUGCUUCACAUCAUUUAUUUUGUACUUCUUGGAUACAACCACUCAAAUCACAAGGGAUCUUCACACUAAGUCCUUCAGGGAGAAGGAAAGUACUGAGGAAGAGGAUGCAUCAGCAUAGCUCCAUAUAUAUGUAACUGUUAUUAAACUUGAUAGUAACUAUGAUACUUUUUAUCUGUAGUAAUUUUUUCUAUAAUUACUAGUUACAAACCCGUGCUUCGCACGGGUUCAAUAA